UAGAUUCCGAAGUUGCCGAGAGAGAUGCUGGACUUUCGGAGCAAACUCAGUGCCGCAGCAAAUGUGGGUGAGGGAACAACAACUUCUACGGCCCGGCAAAAACGUAUUUAUAUAUUGAAGAUAUUACAAAUCUAUAUCUGAACCAUCCGCCGAACUCAAAAGAGCUUUUUUUGGCUCAAUGCAAGCGAAACUCCUCGGCAAAAAGCAUAAAAUCCGUAUUUUUUAGGAAAAAUAGUACUACUUUGUAAUUGUUUGAGCUUAAAGUGCCCACCCCCCCAGCCAACCGCGCGCCGUGAAGUGUCAAACAAAAAUACUCGAGCAAGGACUCUUUGGAAUCCAAAUCCUUUUGUGCAAUAUGUCCAAUAUAUGGGCGCAGGGCAGUCCAUGAGCGAAGUGAAAUCCGCUGGCAAUGCAGUGGGACGCUGAUGCAGUUGGCUUUGGAUCGAUAUAGAACAGAUUACAGGCGCAUAUCCUGCGGUGAGUGGCGCCAGUUGAUGCAUCAUCCCGUACCCAUAUCCGUGUCCUGCGUCUGUGCCCCGCAUCGUAUCGUAUCGGCAUAUGAAGAUACUCUGUUGCAGUGAUGAGAUCGAGGCUGUUUUGGAUACUGGCGAUUAUAUACUCCUCACUCCAUCACAUCGGCUCGGGCUCCACGUCGACCACAUUAAAACGACCGCGAGCUGGCGAUCCCUUCGACACGUUCCCCAAGAACUUCUGGCAGGAGUUCUCGUCGCCGUUCACCGACACGCCCGAGGAUGAGGAGCUGGAGGUCACCGAGACGACCACCCACGAGCCGUUCCCCUUCUUCGCCGAUCCGUUCACGACCCUGAACAUCAGCACCCAGCUCUCGUCGAGCGUCUAUCUGCACUGCAGGGUGAACGAUCUGCAGGGCAAGACGGUGUCCUGGAUGCGGCGACGUGGCGACGAUCUCACCCUGAUCACCUUUGGCCAGCACACGUAUAGCGGGGACUCGCGGUACUCGCUGGAGUUCGAGGAGCCCAACGACUGGAAGCUGCUCAUCCAGUUCGCCAACGAGCGGGACGAGGGUCCCUACGAGUGCCAGGUGUCCUCGCAUCCGCCGCUCAUCCUGCUCGUCUACCUAACGAUAAUUGUUCCUCACGUGGAGAUCCUCGACGAGCGGGGCUCGGCCACGCCGGAGAAGUACUACAAGGCUGGCAGCACCAUCGAGCUGCAGUGCGUCAUUUCCAAGAUUCCGCAUCCCUCCUCCUACAUCACCUGGCGGCACGGACUGCGGCUGCUCAACUACGACACCAGUCGCGGUGGAAUCAGUGUUAAGACGGACAUGCUGCCAGGACGAGCUCUAAGUCGCCUGUACAUCGCCAAUGCCAAUCGCCAGGAUACCGGCAACUAUACCUGUAUGCUGGGUAACGAGAUUACGGAGACGGUGAUGGUCCAUGUGCUAAACGGUGAGGAGCCCGCCGCCAUGCAGCAUGCGGAUGGAAGCCGCCUCAAAGCCAACGCCUCCACAAUGGUUGUGUUAUUUCUAGUGUACGUGUGCGUCUCCGGAUCCAUUUCCGUCUCCGGAAUCAGACGGGAAUUGGGCUUGGGAUGGGGCUGGGGCUGGGGACUGGGGCGAUGACGGCGCGGAGAAGACCGAGGAUCGUAGAUCCCAGAUUGUGGCGCGGGGAAAUGCAUACACCAAAAAGAAUCUUGUCCAGGAUUGCAUUUUCGACUUUUACUCUAAUCAUGGGUUGUUUAACGUACGAUACAUAGCAUAAACCGAAUAUUAAGCUUAAGUCAAGUGUAUUUAAAAACCGGAAAUCGAAAGAUCCCGAAACAAAAGAAACCGAAAAGCAAGUGAGGAAGAAAAUCUCGUAUUAGUAAGGGCGUACGCGAAAUAUAGAUGAGAAAUUGAUUUUUAGCGCUAGUACAUAACAUUAUUAUCAUAAUCGAAUCGAAUUGUACUACCAAACGGCCGUGUUUAUGUUGGCUAACAUAUUGAUCUUAUAUACGUACCCAUUAUUGCAUCUAACGUAUCCAUUUAGCUCUUUGUUACCUCCACGUCAUUAUGGAAAUACAUAGAUUUGUAAGGUCCAACAGUCCAGGCAUAAUUGUUUCUCGCUCGAAUCGCCUUCCAAAGGUCGUCUCCUAAAAAGCCCCAUAACGCUCGUGUGUAUCUGUAUCCCUUAUACAUAUAGAAUACACCUCCGAUCCAAGGCCUUGUUAAAGAAAAAAUGGUUGUAGCUUCUUGAAAUCAAACAGCAUAUCAGUUGGGAUCAUUCUAAUCGUAAAAUAAUCAAUACCGAUCAAAAUCGUAGCUUCAUCCUUUAUUCGAUUCUUUAUCCUUGUCUCAGAUUUUUGAGUAUUUCAAUCCAUCGAUAACUGGAGAGUUUAGGAAGCCAAGAAAGAAAAGAAAAUAAAUCAAAGAGGUUGUUAAAUUAUAAAAUAAUUCCAAACAUUAUAAAUGCGUGAGCUUGAUCAGAAGCUUGUUUUUUCCUGAGUUAAUCCAUGGUUUAGUGAAACCCAAAAAUAUAAAUUGUAGAGGAGAAACCACUUAGGAAAUGUUUAACGUUAACAAAACUGUGCCAUUCAAAAUGGAUACAUAUCGUUUAAUUGUUGUUAAUUCGGUUGCGGAACCAAUGACCAUUUGAGGCAGACGAAAUUAGUUGUAUAUUUGUAUCUUUUUGGAAUCGAAAACACAACACAACUCGGACCAAUGGGUAAAUACUUGAUUGUUUGAUUGAAAACGGUCCCAAAACCAAAAUCAAAAUCGAAACGAAAAACAUUAACAAGUAAUUUACUUAAAUCAAAUAAAUAACGAUCAAGAACAAGAAGCAAAUGAAUAAUUUCCACUUUCAUUUUAUCGAUUUGGGCGCCAGGUGAGGAGCCAUCAUUCGGUGUUCAUAUAGCCAGUGCCCACUGUACCCCCUCUGCAUGCGAGUAUAUCAACUUAUGUCUUUGGCUUUAGCUUCGAACGAUCACCGCCUAUAUAAGCCCCAAUAACUUUCGAUAUCCCUACUCACUGACGGCUUUCCAAAUUCAUAUUGCUUUCGAGAUCGGUUAAUAUACACACUCUCUUUACAAAUUGUAUUUUGAAAUCAAAGCUCAGCUUGGAAUAAGAAACAUAAGAAACAAAAAUAUUGAUAGGGCUCGAGGCCUAAGUACUUGGGUAAACUAAUUUCAAAUGGUCCAGUGUAGUUAUUGUACAUUAUUCAAAUUGAUCCCGACCCAAAUCGGUCCUUGGUCUGAAUCCUUGGAAUCCUUGGCCCUUAAAUAACACAAAUGAAAAAACAAAACAAAACAAAUGUUGGAGUGAGAUAACGAAACAAUACUUAGAGACUAAUGAAAGUGACGAAACGAAACUUUUAGAAAGAUUUUGGUUACAGAAUUAUAUUUAAUAAUUACUACAUUUAAAAUUGAGAUUAUAAAAC